AUGUCGCUCAGUCUGUUUGACGUGCCCGAUGUGGAUUAUCGGUACGAAGCCUCGCGGGAGGUGGAGUUUCAACCCGCCUUGACGGGCAUCCAACCCAUCACCUUCUCCAUUCCAGGCUCCGACGAUUAUUAUGACACCAAUUCUCUCCGCUUCAAAGUCAAAGUACGCCUGACGGAUCCCGCUGCUGGGUAUACAGGACUGGAUGCUGGUCUGCUCAUUUCCAAUGCCAAUGAAACAAGACACGUUUACUGCGUCAACAAUUUUGGGCAUUCCAUCUUUCGAGAUAUUACCAUGAGCAUGAAUGGCGUCCUCAUGACAGAACAGAGCAACACCUAUCAUUACAGAGCCUACCUAGAAACCAUGCUGAAUUACAACCGAGAAGAAGGAGCCACCAAACUAGCCCCGCAAGGAUGGGUCAAUCAGCUGAAUGUGGCUGAAGAAAUAGGAGCCACCGCCGCCAAUUCUGAUGUCCCUGUUCAGGCGGCAUGGGGUGGGAAUGCAGAAUUGCGAGCCCUGACUAGCCGAUUGCUAGAAGAACAUUGGCACACCUUCAUCAUUCGUCCCCAUUUGCCACCCCUCAAGACAGGCAAAUUAUUGGUCCCCAAUGUCCAGAUGGACUUUGAACUCUUCCUGAACCCCAAGACCAUCUACUUGAUGGGCAGCCCUAACAAAGGCACCUUAAACGUCAAGAAAAUUCCAGCCAUCCACAAUGAUGACAUCAAAGUCACCUUGCUGAUGAGAAAAGUGACCCUGAAUGCCAGCGUGUAUGUCAGACUGCAGAAAGAAAGACAGCUGGGCAAACAGAUUGCCCGCUACCCUGUCGUACGAAGCGAAAUUCGCACGUUUUCCUUUGAUGGACGCACCACCCAGUGGGAACAAGACAAUGUGUUUGUGGGUCGAUUUCCUGAUCGAGUGAUUGUUGGGCUAUUGCAUUCGGAUGCCUUCAACGGAAACCUAGAAAAAUACCCCUUUGCCUUUGAAAAGUUUGGUGUCACCCAAGUACGACAGACCUUGAAUGGAGAAGAAUACCCUUACAGAACCCUGCAACUGACUGGAGACCAAGCCUAUGAAGAUCUGCUGGGCUACGAUCGAUUUCUGCAAGCCAUGGGUGCCUACAAUGAAGAUAAGAUCCCUAUGCUGCUGCCUGGUGAUUGGGGACAAGGCAAGAACUGCACGUUGUUCAUGUUCAACAAUGUGCCCAGUGGAAAAGCAGAUGACCCCCAGUACCGCAACCCCCGUCAAUCGGGCAAUACGCGACUGGUGAUUGAUUUUGCUGCAGCUGUCGGUCAUAACGUCACCAUAUUGGUAUGGAGCGAGUAUGAAAACAUGUACGAGAUCAAUCAUCUGGGAGGUAUAAAAUACAACAUCAACGGAUGA